GUAGUCUGCCGCAAAUCUCAACAGCCGAAGAAGAAGAACGAGGAUACGAUGAAAACAAAACGACUCUAAAAAUAAAUAAUCCUUCAAAUUGUAGCAACUGAAACUAUUUUUGCCUUAUGGAAACACAUUUGGCCUAAAUUCAUACUGAUAUUACAAUCAGAUUCACUCAGACAAACCUGCUAGCUUGCUCUAAUUAGCGCCAAUAUUUUUAGCUAACGAUUUAUGAUAUCAAAAUAUUAGCUAGCUUAGCCACUAGCUAUCACUAGCUCGCAGCUAACUUAACUCCUACCGGGAAUUUCGACGCAGCCUCAGUUCUUGAGCUGUUUAGCUAUAAACGUGUUAAUUAAAAAGCCAAAACAUGUCGGAUGAUUACGAAUUCAGCGACGACACGACAAUGAUGAGAAUGGAGGAGGACGGGGAGGCAAACAGUGACGACCCGAUGUCAGCGGUCGGGGACUGCGGCCUGAUGGGUGGCGAGGCCGAGGGAUCCAGAAUUGACGCCAGUAAAAACGAGGAGGAUGAGGGGAAGAUGUUUGUAGGAGGGCUCAGCUGGGACACGACUAAGAAGGAUCUGAAAGAUUACUUCUCCAAGUUCGGGGAGGUUGUAGACUGCACAUUAAAACUGGAUCCCAUGACUGGACGCUCAAGAGGAUUCGGCUUUGUACUCUUCAAAGAACCCGAAAGUGUUGAUAAGGUUGCCUCACAAAAGGAACAUAAACUCAACGGGAAGGUCAUCGAUCCCAAAAAAGCCAAGGCCAUGAAGAGCAAGGAGCCCGUGAAGAAGAUCUUUGUUGGCGGUCUGUCUCCCGACACGCCUGAAGAGAAAGUCAGAGAGUACUUUGGUGCCUUCGGAGAGGUGGAGUCAAUUGAACUUCCCAUGGAGAACAAAACAAACAAAAGGAGAGGCUUCUGCUUCAUCACGUUCAAAGAGGAGGAACCAGUAAAGAAGAUCAUGGAGAAGAAAUACCACAACAUUGGACUAAGCAAGUGUGAAAUAAAGGUGGCAAUGUCUAAGGAACAGUACCAGCAGCAGCAGUACUGGGGAGGCAGAGGUGGAUACCUAUCCAGGUCUCGAGGAAGAGGUGGUGGUCCCAAUCAAAAUUGGAACCAGGGUUAUGGCAACUAUUGGAAUCAAGGCUAUGGAAAUUAUGGCAAUUAUGGUUACAGUAAUCAAGGAUAUGGUGGCUAUGAUUACACUGGUUACAACAACUAUUAUGGAUAUGGGGACUACGACAAUCAAUCCGGUGGAUACGGCAAGUCGCCGCGGCGCGGUGGUCACACCAACAGUUACAAGCCGUAUUAAUGGGGGAAGCCCUCCAUCUUCAAGUAGCGGAGCUUCCUUGCAGGCCAUGAGCUGACUCCCAGAUACUCUCAGGGCCCGCUCAAUGCGGACCGGGUACGAGAAGCAUACGCUCUCGAAUGCUGCCAUUUGGUAUGGUCUUACAACAUCCUGUAUCAGCAUUUCUAAACUAAACAAUAUGGGACACGUCCAGCUUUGUCAUCUUUCUUUCCAUUUUAAUUUCUUUGCAACUGUUUGUAAUGUAAAACUUAAAAUAUACACAUGUAAUUGUCAUUUUUUACAGGCCCUUACUCCCCCACAAGUAAUGAUUAUAAAUAUGAAAAAAUAACUAUUUGCUUUUCAAAGGAUAUGUACAGCAUUCUCUGGACUUUCCAGUUCCUAUUGUUAAUAUAUGCAUUCCUAAUCUUUAUCUAAAAUGCUUGUUUCUUUAUUUAGCUCUUGUAGCCAGUAGUCCAUGAGCUAAAACCUGGUUCGUAUUUGGACUCUACUGUGUUGGGGGAUAAAGUGCUUUACUUUUGUGUACAUGUAUUGUUCUGUUUUGUGUUACUGACAGCGAUGGAAAAGACUCCUCUUUUGUUAAUUUUCCUGUAACAAAUUUUCCUCUUAUAACCUUUUGUUAAAACAAGAAGAAUCAAAGUGUCACCACAUUUCCAGAAAUUUGCAUGUAAUGCUUUCUUUAAUGUGUAUUUUUGACCAAUCAAAGGUUUCUUCCAUUUAGUAUUUUGGCUUUGACUUCUUCAAUUUAUCGCACUUCAGGAUUUCUAGCUUAUGGACUAACUUUUUGUAACUGUAAAAUGUUAAAAUAAUUGUUCUCGGUUUGUUUUUACUUAUUGUUUUUUUUACAUUGGACAUUAUAAACACGGGGGAUUCCUAUUUGAUUGUAAUUUGAACAGGGUUUUGUUCGUCUAUAGCUGAUUUCUUUUUGUUUGUUUUUUCCAUAGGUUUCAGAGUGAUGAAAGUCUGCAGUGCGCUGGUGGGGCAUUGGCCAAAGAGAUGAUGGUAUCCAGCAAAGAUCACUUAGCUGAUUGUAAGAAAAUAAAUGAAGAACACUAUGACCUACAGUACAUUUCCUCUAUAUUUACCAGAGUAUUUGUUGUAUCUUAAAAGUUUUGGAUUUUGAUGUUUUGCCUUUUAUUUAGAUUGCUGCCAAGUUUUAGCAGUUCCUCGUCCCUUUUUUUUUUUUUUUUUUUUUUUGUAUUUAAUGUUCUCAAAUGCUAUUUGUGAAUUGCUUGAUUUAUUCCAUAACUGAAAUGUUAGAUUGGCUGGAAGAGAUCACACAUAUAUACAAGUGCUGGGGUAGCAAAAAUACAAGAUGCAUUGGUACAAUUUAUCCUCUUUAUCAGCAUCAU